GGGAGCCGGCUGCGUUCGAACUCGGGGGUUUGGGCUACCACAAGAAUGGAUGCUCUGUCUGUAGCAAACCAAUUGAGGAAUCUGUCUUCAGACCCACGGAAUAGAGAAACAAUUGUGAAAGACAAAGGAUGUCUUUCUGGCCUCAUCCUGUUUCUGGACCAUCCUAACACAGUAGUUGUAUAUUUAGCUCUUCAGGCACUUCAGUAUCUUUCAGAAUGUCCUUCCAACUGUGAAAUUGUGACAAAAGAACCAGAUAUAAUGUGGAGGCUAGAGAAACUGCAGAAAAGACAUGACAUCAAUGGCAGUCUUCAGCUUCUAGCAAGAGAAGUACAGAAUGCACUGAAUACAUGUUUUUAUAUCAGCAAUACACGAUGUACUCCACAAGUAUUUGAUAACAAGUUCAAAGCACAGUUUUUUCUUAACAGCUCCAACAAGACAGCAAAGACCAUUACUCUUCACAUUGAAGGACUAGAUAAUGUGCAUACCAAAAAUCUGUGUGAGGAAGCACUGCUAAAAGUCAAAGGAGUAAUCAGCUUUACAUUUCAAUCAGCUCUCAGAAGAUGCACUGUACGUGUAAAAUCAGAUCUUGAAACAGAGACCCUAGCUUCUGCUAUUGCUGCAACAAAAGUAUUAGAAGCACAACUGAUUAGAAGUGAAUCUGGAAAAGAGAUUAUUGUUCCACUUAAAACUGCAAGUGUGCUUCAGCAAUCUCACUUGCCAGACUACUUACCUGAAGAGGAAAGUCUGCAUGAAGAAUCUGAAAAAGCAGUUUUGCAAACUGGGAUAAAGACUGAUGCAAAGAGUAGCUGGAUCAAUAGUGCCACACAUUUCUUGACCAAAGCUUUCUAUUGGUGACUCAUGAGUCAGCAGAAGUUAUUCAAAACAUUUCUGAUUGUGUAGUUGUGAAGGAGCCAUUUAGCAUCUAUUAUACUGCUUAAACAACGGGUAGUGCUUUUAUAUUCCUUGUUAGUGGUUUACUUCUGUCAUAAAACUAGGAAAGAAUUCCAGGAACAUGCAUCCCCCAAGAUGGUGCUUCUGGUUAGCAUAUAUAAAAUUCAACUACUGCUUGGGCUGUUGAACAAACAAAAUUGAGGCAUUACCCCAGUAGCAGUAACAGAAUGCAGAGAAACAUUAUACUUAAGUAAGGUAGCUACCUAUGUUUGUUUGACCUUAGGCAGAACACAGGACAGGGUAGCACCUUGUAGAUUAACUCAUUCAGAGAGGCUUUCAUAGCUUCAGUUAUAUCUGAUGAAAUAAGCUAAAGCUACAAAAGCUCAUGCCUCUGAGUGAGUAAAUCUGUGAAUGUGUAUCUUGCCUUGCAUUCUAUAUCAAACUAUUGCUAUAUUUAAUACAGAGUUAAAAAGAGGGCUUCUAUCUAUGGCCUAAAAACAUACAUUUUAAAUCACAGUGCUAAUAAUUAAGCCCUGAAUACGUAUUGUGGAUAUACCUUUUCUCAGAAGUGGCUCUUAAGGGGAACAGUCCUUAUGUGAUCUACUGCAAGGUUUUUGUGACUAUUAAAACAGGAAGUUAAUAUGGUUAGUCCCCAUUUUACUCUGUCACUAAGACUGCUUUGGCAAGAUUAAGUGACUAUUUUCAAAUAGUCUCUUCUGCAGCUUGGUUAUAGAAUGCAAUCUUAACACUACUUUUUAUUUGGUAACAAGAAGCCACUUCUGUUAUAUAACUAGCUCUUAAACCAAAGAGAAAUUCCAGUGCCCAUUUUUUAAAUGUAGUUAGUACCAAUGUGUAAAAUAAAUGCUCUUCCAAGAUUUUAGGUGUGCAGAGCUGUAAGUUUACUUCAGAAUAAAAUACAGACGUGGGGAAUAAUCAAAACUUUUAGAGUUGUACUUGACCAUGUAUUUUGGACAAAACAGAAUUACACUGCAUAUAACAAACAGUAAAAGUUCUUAAAAGUUGAGUUACAAAUAUUUUACUUUCUACCUGUACGAUCAUCAGCAUACAGUUUACUAUAUCAAGGUUUCUAAAGGCUUAAAACAAAACAAUUGUUCUAUACUACUUUCAAACAGUAAAAUUUAAGUAAAAUGCUUACAUUCAUUUGACAA